AUGGGGUCGCAGCAUUUUGGGAUUUACCUCAUAAAACAACUACAACCUCACUAUAGAUCUAUCUAA